CGGAGCGCCAGUGACGUACGCGUAUCGCUGCGAGAUGGACGCGCCCGACGACCGAUAUUACGGCAACCAGACGCCGGACCGCUCCGACACGAACAGUCCGCGCUCGCAAAUGAGUAGUCCCAACUCUAACUCUUCUAUCAAUGUGACGGAUCAAUCCAUAUCGCUUUCCCAGCACCAACAGAACUUAGAGACACUAAACAGAAUGGGAAUGUUUUUUCACGCACAACAAAUGCAUCUUAACCAAAGUUUUGAUGCGGUGAAAUCUAGGUUAGGCUUGACACAAGUGCCUACGAGUGUUAAUCCAGGCCCGAGGCAUACAAUAGACGCUAUCUUAGGACUGAAUGGCCAGAGGCAAGUUACUAGAGUGCAGAGUGAGUUUGAACAGAGAAGAGAGGAGAGGGAGUGUGAGACUGUACCAGUGUCGCCAGGAGCUAUUGAAAGCGCCGGCGAGGGUUCCUGCAACAGCAAUGACGGCUACAGCCAGAGAACCCCAACAGACGACAAGUCUCCGCCAGGCAGUGAUGACGAGUCAGCUCGACCUGGCUCAGCAGCAGACAAUAAGAAGAAGCAUCGGCGGAAUAGAACGACGUUCACCACAUACCAGCUACAUGAACUGGAAAGGGCUUUUGAGAAGAGCCACUACCCUGAUGUGUACUCCAGAGAGGAACUCGCGAUGAAAGUCAACCUCCCCGAAGUCAGAGUGCAGGUAUGGUUCCAAAAUCGUCGUGCGAAAUGGCGUCGCCAGGAAAAGAUGGAGGCGGCUCGGCUUGGUCUGUCGGAGUACGGCUGCGGGGCGGGCGGUGGCAUACCUCGGCUCGGAGGGCUGGGGCUGCCCGUAGAUCCCUGGCUGGCACCUCCACUGCUCACUGCAUUACCAGGUUUCCUGAGCCAUCCCCCGUCUGGCUACCCAAGCUACCUCACGCCACCAGCGCCAGCGACAAGUGGCGCCCCCCCGGACCCGCGGUCAUCUUCCAUCGCAGCACUUCGCAUGAAAGCGAAGGAACACGUAGAGAGCCUCAAUAAAGGACUACAGAUGGUCUAAUAUUAUACAAAGUAAAUAAUGUUAUAGUAAGAUUAAAUACAGUCAGUGGUUUAAGAUUUACAAUACCCGGCGAUGAAUAUUGCACACCAACCUUUGAUAAGAGACAAUCAACUAAG